CUCACACGGGUGGAAAAUCUCCUCUUGGCGAUUUAAGACGAACGAUCAGCGAACGACCGCAACGCCGAACUCCACCCCCCGAUUUCCUCGCCAUUCCCAUCUCCUCUCCGAGCACGAGCCGACUCGUCUCUCUCUCGAAGCUCGCACGCGCGCCGAGAUUGUCGUAGUCGCAGUCGCAGUCGCCGUCGCAGAUUCGAUCGAAUCGGCCGAGAGAAGGAACCCGAUGGAAACGAACGGAGGGGAAGACGCCGGCGGCCGCCCUCAGGUCCGCCUCGAAAACCCUAGCCCCGGCCCGAACCCUAGCGGGGGCGCAGCAUCGAGAGGGAAGUCGUGCAAGGGGUGCUUGUACUACUCCUCCGUUCUGAAGUCCAAAUCUCGGCCCCCUACCUGCGUCGGCCUCUCCAGAACUCUCGACGAAGUGCCUAGCUAUAUUGUGGGAGAAACUGAGUUGGAAGCUACCAAAGAGGGCCGGAAUCUGAAAGACUUCAGCUAUGCCUGUGUUGGUUACUCUGUCUUCUUGGAGAAAAAUAAUCAAUCUUCAGAUCUGAAGGAUAAACAAGCAGAGCUUCCAUUCUGUGUCGGUCUUGAGGUUCUGUUAGAUAAAAGAACAACACCUGCAGAGAAUGUUCCUGCAAACCUUCAUAAAAAGGAAGCUCCAGAUGGUCAUGCUUUUCCUCAACGGCGGAGUUACAAGCCAGCAAUUUCUUCUGGCGAUGAUUACUUGAGUAGGUUUAAGAGAAAUGCGGGUCUGGUCGCAUCCGGUGUUGCCAGGAAUGUGAAUAGAGUAGGAAACUACAUAAAAGAGAGCAUGGACGAUAUUUUCCAGCCUUACCGGAGGCGACCGAAGUGAAGUUAGCAGAUCCUGAUGGCGUAUUUGAAGAAUGGGGCAACUUCCCGGUCGCCAAUUUUUAACAGGAUCCCAGUUUCUCUGAUACAGAGUUAUUGAUAGUAGUACAUCCUUUGUCGAGAAGGGCCAAGCUCCAUUGUUGUAAUAAAUGAAUUUUGACGAAUAUACUUAUGAUUCUACUAAGUUUCGAAAAUCCCUAAGGUUUCAGUUUUGCACAA